GCGGACCACACAUCAUGUCACGUUUGUUGUCGCUAAAAACACUUAACGUCGUAUUUAGCAAACGGGAAACUAUUUUUUGCAACGGAAAUGAUCCUCACAAUCUUACGGAAUCUACAGUAACCGUUAAUGUAGUGUAACAUUUAUUAUUUUCGGCAACCGUGGGAUGUUAGCAAACCCCAAUACGUGUGUAGCUAAACGUACCGUUUGGGAACGUUACGCAUUCUUUUGCUCCAAAUGUCAGAGAAGGACGACUCUGAAAGUGACAUUUGGGAAUAUAAACCUCUUGAGAAGAAAAAGAAGAGGCACGAAUCACCCGCUGUGACUAAAAGAAGAUGCACUGUCAAAAAACCCUCCAAGAGAGACACUUCUGUCCCGGUCGAGUCACCCGACGUGAGGGUCAAGACUCCUGGAUUUGGGGACAGCAGGAACGUGGCUGGGAGCAGUUUCGAGUCACGUGAUCCACCCUCAAAGUCAUCUUCUGCGAGUGACCCAGUGCAAACGGACCGUGCUGCUGAGGGACCGUCCUCUGGAGACUUUUGCCCCAUGUGUCAGAUGCCCUUUUCCAUUCUGGGGGUACAGACUCAAAGAUGGCAUGUCUCUGAAUGUCUUGACACCCCCAGGGACACGUGCACAGAAUGUCCAAAUGGUCUUCAGUGCUUCUCGAGCAUUUCAAGCCAUUAUAAGAAAUUCAACCACACCCUCCUGGCCCACAGUCGAGCAAACAGCGACGCAGCCCUCCUCGGUCUCUCCCAGCAGGCGGGGACAAGCGGGAAAACCGUCUUCAGCUGUCUCCCAGGAAUGAUGAACAAUGAGUUGGAUGGCUCUAGUUUAGAGAAUUCACAGGAUAGUGUUCUCAGUCUUUUUGCCUUAUCCAAUCGUAGUGUCACCCCUGAUCGUAAUCACAUCGGAACGCCUCCAUCUCAACUUACAAAUGGACUUCUGCUCCUGCGCUCACCCGGCCCGGAGGAUUUUAAGAAAAAGAAAGGCUGGUCGUCCUCCACGAAAAGCCAAACAUCUAUCGGUUCUUCCCAAGAAAGUCGAACAGAGCUUUCAUCCACUCCUGUCAAUGCAGAGAGUGGAAGACAAGCUCGUGAAGGUUUACUCAAAAGAGAAUCUUCCUCUGACAACAAUAAUGCGAUAUCCUAUUCCCCUCUUUCUGAAUUCCCUGCACAGACUGCAGUCAACAGAAGUGAAUGUCGAAAAGUACUUUUUAAUAAAGACGCACUUCCCAAUGCGGAUGAAGACGCCACGGUGCUGUUCAGUGACGAUUUCUCAAGUGAAGAUGAGCUGCUCACUGACUUUAUAAAUACUUUUGAAACCAAUAAUGUGCAGGUGAAGGCGUCAGCCUCCUUAAACACCCGGCUGUGUUCAGUUCCCUCAUCAGCCGCCUCGACAGGCGCCGAGAGCCGAGUUGAUUUCCUGGGUGAAAAAGAAGCUCACGAUAAAUCUACCGGUGCCAUCGGUCCAUGUAAAAGCGGCAUUCGGUCUCCUCAGAGUAUUGUUUUAGAGCGCCUGAGAGAAACUCUUUUAAGCUCGGAUAGCCUGCCUUUAAAAAGCUUGAACGACGACAGUAUUGCGGGACCUUCGUCGCAAGCCUCCACCGGCCAAAGAUCUCAAAUCAUGUCGCCGCAGAAGAGCCGGACCAAGGCAGGUGAGGCCUCUGGGCUGAAGCAGACGGACAUCGGGGUGUUUUUUGGCCUCAAACCCCUGAAGGAGAAGGAGAAAGUUGCUGAGAGUGGAUCAAAUGAACUCAACGCCACCUCUGUUCCAGCACUUGGUGAGCAAUCAGGACAGAGGAGAGAAAGGCAAAGAAAGAGUAGGACUGACAAAACCACAGCGACGGGAGAUCAUAGCGACGUAGGGAAUGCUCGGGGAAAUGCGGGGAAAGGUGGGACCAGAGGCUGGAGAGGAGGAAGAUGGAACAGAAGGAACGCUGACGGAGAAGUGGAGUUCCCACGUUGUCCCUUCUACAAGAAGAUUCCAGGCACAAAGUUUGUCAUCGAUGCGUUUCAGUAUGGAGAGAUCCAGGGAAUCACAACCUACUUCCUGACACAUUUCCACUCCGACCACUACGGAGGUUUGACCAAGAAGUCCAAACUUCCGAUCUACUGUAACUCAAUUACAGGGAACCUUGUGAAGAGCAAACUGAAGGUGGCAGAGCAGUACGUCCACAUCCUGCCCAUGAACACCCAGGUCACCGUCGAGGGAACCACGGUCACCCUGCUGGAGGCCAACCAUUGUCCAGGAGCUGCCAUGCUGCUGUUCUUCCUGCCCGACGGACAGACUGUCCUCCACACUGGAGACUUCAGAGCGGAUCCCUCCAUGGAGACCUACCCCGAAUUGCUGGGCUGCAGGGUGCAGACGCUCUACUUGGACACCACCUACUGCAGCCCUGAGUACACCUUCCCCAGACAGCAAGAGGUCAUCACCUUUGCAGCCAACACAGCCUUUGAACUGGUGACCCUCAACCCCCGGACACUCGUGGUGUGCGGGUCCUACUCUGUGGGAAAAGAGAAGGUCUUUCUGGCGCUGGCCGAGGUCCUGGGGUCGAAGGUGUGUCUCUCUCGAGACAAAUUCAACACCAUGUGCUGUCUGGAGUGGGAGCAAGUCCGGCGAAGUGUGACCACCGACUGGAAGGCAGCCCAGGUCCACGUGCUGCCCAUGAUGCAGCUCUCCUUCAAAAAGCUGCAGGAUUACCUGGCGCGCUUCUCAGAGCGAUAUGACCAGCUGGUGGCCUUCAAGCCCACAGGCUGGACCUUCAGCCAGCAGGUGGAAUCAGUGGAAGAUGUUCAGCCAUACGUCAGUGGCAACAUCUCUAUCUAUGGAAUCCCGUACAGCGAGCACAGCAGCUUCCUGGAGCUGAAGCGUUUUGUCCAGUGGCUUCGGCCCCUGAAGAUCAUCCCCACGGUGAACAACGGCAGCAUCGCCAGCAGGAAGGCGAUGGAGCAGUGCUUCAGUGGGUGGCUCAGGGAAACCACAGCGACACUCUAGCUUGUGUACAGGUCCACUUUGUUCACGGCGGAACCUCUUCUGCUCUUUCGCCACUCGGAGCUAAAGAGGGAUUAUAUUUCAAUACCGUAUGACCAUGAGAAACACAUGUAAUGCUUUUUAAUGAUUGUUUUAAAAGUUGCUCGCCUCGGAACACCGAGCUCAUCACGGCGGCGUUUCAACGCAGAGCGAGGGGUUGUGAUGUGAAGUCGGUGAUCAUGAACUGCAAUAUCGUUUAUGAAAGAAAGGCUCAAGUAUAUGCUCCUGAGCCAAUUUAUAAUCACGGUUGUGCUUUUAUUCACAAUGGGCUGAAUUACAAUGGCCCAAUUCUGAAAGCUGUUUACACAUGCGAAAAACAUUAUCUGAGGUCAUAACACGCAUCAUGUUGACAAUAAGGCUUACGUAUUGUUAUUAUUACAUAAUGGAACUGAAUAAAUUGGAUGUGUUUGCUGCCUGUUGUGGCUACGUCCGCCCCUUACCUUUGAUUGCUAACAAUAUAGUGCUCCUUUUAAAACUGUGCAAUUUUAUAACAAUCUAUUUUGUGCUAUUAAACCAACGUUUUAUGCUUGAAAAUAAUAAAUGUUUUUAACGCUU